AAAAGCACUCGUGAGCGACGACGAGAGGAGCAUUUCAGCAGCCUGAGCAGGCACCAAUGGCAAAAGACUGCAAAGUCCAGCUUGGAAGUUGGAGUUGCGCUCAGCUAACGAACGGAGGAGCCUAGUGUGGCGGGCUGAACCCUUGAGCAGUGAGCACCACUCAAACCUCUGCGUGCAUCAACACGGAUUUAAGCCGGGGGUACCGCUGCCCUUGUGUAUUCCUGACUGAAUUCAAACCCCUUUUCAGCCUGCUUUGAGUUGCAUGCUAUUUGGUGGCGUGCAUGGCAUAGGCAUCCAGCUGCCCUAGGCGACAUCGGGGGUUCCGCGUACUCCUCUGAGCUCAUUGCAGAUGGCCGGUGCGGGGGUGGCGCAGGCGGACCUCUGCCCUUGGUCGGUAUCCCCCACCCGCCGCCGCCUCCUCUCUCAAAGCACUGACGACCUUGGCGCACAAGAUGUGACAUCACGCCCCCCAGCAGACCUGGGGUUUGGCAGCCAAGCAGAAGUUGCGGCAGACCGCAUGAGUGUCGACGCAGGGAGCGCCGCAGGGAAGCUCGACGAGAACAGCCUGCAUGCCAUCUUUCAGCAUCUGCUCUCCCCCCCUGAUCUGAAAGCGGCGAUGGGCGUGUGCCGGGACUGGCGGCGCGUGAUCGUCGAGGGCCACUCGUGGCGCGCCCUAUGCAACCGCCUCGUUGCUCCAAGUGGCGCUCCUUUCUGCGGUGGGGGGGUAAGCGGGCCCGCCGAACGGCUGGGGAAGACCCCCCUGGGGCAGUGGUUUUUGGGCCUGGCUCCCGACCUGCAGGAGGCACUGCUUUUCCAGCACCUGAGCGGAGUCCUCGUCGAGAGGGGAGAUCCUUUGGACGGCGGCGCAACGGGUCCGGCAGCUCCGGAUGGUGCGCGGCACCUUUCGGACAGCAUCCGCAGCUUUCUAGACGGCGUUCGGCAGCUCUCAAAUGGCGCAGCCCCGCCUCCUCGAAAUGUCCAAAACCCUCCGGACGAAGUGCGAGACCUCUUAAACGCUCACAAUAGACUUUCGGACGGGGCUUCUGGCGUUUCGGACGGCGUGCGGCGCAUUUCGGACGGGGCGCGGAACUUGAUUGUGGAUGCGAUCGCGGCGUCGACGACGGACAACUACCCGGAGGAGUGCAUCAGCAAGACACUGAAGGAGAAUGCGCGCGAGCGCACGGGAAACAUGCUGCAGGCAUGCUAUUGGAGCAGCAAGGGGGACACGUAUGCCAACAAGGACGAGAGCUUGCUGUAUAAUCUCGCCGGGCCGAUGUGUGUGGUGAGGAGCUUCUACGUAAGGCCAUUCAAAGCCUUCUUCCAGCCCAAGCAGCCCGUCUACGCGUCCGCACAAGUGCGCUUUAAACUGGGUUACCGGAAAACCCCCGAUAAUCCGACCGCAAUGGACGUCGACGGUGCGAAUGCGACCCCGAAGCACGGGGUGUGGCCUGACGAGGCGGGGAACGGGAGGAGACGGGACAAGUUUCGGGAGGCGGAUUAUAUCUGGACGUAUGAAUCGCCGCGAUACCCUAUGGCGCAGGAGGAUACGCUACAGCGCUUCGAUCUUCCCGCGCCAGUGCUGUGCUCGGACGGCGUUUUGAGGGUGGACCUGAUUGGCAAGGUGCAGCGCCAGGAGGACUACGACAACCUCUACUACACCUGCAUUACGCAUGUGAAGGCGGUUGGCAUCGCGCUGCCUUGCUUCCGGUGCCGGCCGGCGCCCAAAGGGGAUCGCGUUCUGGAGUACUGUGCAGACGCGCCCGUGCCUCCGCUUCCGGACGCCCAACUCCACGCAAACGGUUUCGAUGCGGCGCUGUUCGUUGCAGAGUUCGACUCGGACGACGAGGAACCAGACGAAGGCAUUUGGGACUGAGCUUUUGGGAUUGGGGCUGUUUCAAUUUGAGGGUGGUUCUAUGGGAUCCUUGGGCUGCAACAGGACCCGCUGUCUGGUCGGGUUCCUUUGAGUAUGCCGCGCUGUGUAUGGAAUUUGGUGAAAGACACACGCAUCUGGAAUGGGUACUCUAUGCUGGAAGCAUCCCUCAGUUUGUUCUUCAUGCACCCAAGCGGCCUGAAGACUCA